AUGCCAAUAAAGAAACUGUUUCAGGUAAGUGAUGGUAUAUUACUAGAGGCUCUACAAGAUUUGGAUAACAUCAUACCAGACCUUUAUGGAGAGAGUGUCGAUGAAUUAAAGUCUAUUGAGUUGGAUAGAUGUUACAAUGUUUCAUGCUUGGUGAAGACAACGGAUGAGAAUGCUACGCAUACUAUUGGUGCAUCCAAUGACCUUGGUCAAAGGAAAACAAAGGAAAAGUUUUUCUCCAAAGUUGAAAAAAUCCAUCUGAGUGAUCUUAAUAACCUGAAGCUUCUUUUUGACUGUUCAUUUCAAUGUAUAAGCUUGGGUAAUCUACAAGACAUUGAAAUUGCAUAUUGUUCUUCCUUGUUGACGCUAUUCCCUUUUAGUGUAGCACAAGGGCUUUCCAAUCUGAGAUGUAUAUCGAUUUGCUGGUGUGACAGUUUGAUGGUAGUGAUUUCUGGUGGAGAUGAACAAGCAACUGGUAGUGAUAAUGAGCAAAUAGAGGAUAGUAAAACCGAAGUGGGCACAUAUGAUGCAAAUAUUGAGUUUACUAGCCUUACCCGUAUUUACCUUAUCAAUUUGCCCCAACUACAGAGCUUCUAUUCUGGGGGUUCUUUAAUGAAAUAUCCGUCUUUGGAGUUUAUCACUGUGGAAGGCUGUCCCAGUAUGAAGAGAUGGGGUUCCGGAAUCCACGAUAUGCCCAAUGGCAAAUUUUGUGAUGAAAAGAACCUUAACUUGUUCCAUUAA